UUAGACGUUUUGUGCAUAAUUGCUUUCUCUUUACUGUUUAGUGGCUCAGUCUGCGAUCAACGUUUGGAAUCCGUACCUCCCACACACUCUUGAGUGCAGGAAGUUGUGGCACUUUCAAGAUUCAACUGUGAUAGAUUUAUUGGGUAGAAUCUCACAACACACAUGCUAGUGCACACUGGAGAAAAGAGAUAUCGAUGCAGUGAGUGUAGAAAGACUUUUACUCGAUCUGAGUAUCUAAAAGUUCAUAUGAGAACGCACACAGGAGAAACACCGUACAAAUGCAAUGAGUGUGGGAAAAAAUUUGCUCAAUCUGGUCAUCUAUUAGUUCAUAUGAGAAUGCACACAGGAGAAACACCAUAUGAAUGCAGUGAGUGCGGAAAGAAAUAUUCUCAAUCUAGUCGCCUAAAAGUUCAUCUGAAAAUGCACAAAAGAAAGACACCAUGUCAAUGCAGUGAGUGUGGAAAGAAAUUUACUCGAUCUAGUAAUCUACAAUUUCAUAUGAGAAUGCACAGAGGAAAAAAUCCCUAUGAAUGCAAUGAGUGUGGGGAAAAGUUUACUCAGUUUAGUAAUUUAGAAGUUCAUAUGAGAUUGCACACAGGAGAAAGGCCAUAUCAUUGUGAAGAUCGCGGAGAAGGCUUUGAUGUUGCGGCAGUAGCUAGAAGACACCAGAAAGUUCACACUCGAGAAGACAUGAUUGCUCAAGAGCAUACAGAUUUGUUAUCAUCUGCAGGCAACUCUCAAUCCCAUUGUAAUAAUACUUAUAUAUCUGUUCAAACUUCUUCAAUGUUUAGUGAUAGAAGCUUGUUUACAUUUCUAUCCAUUCCUUCCAGUGCUGUCUGCAGUUCAUCUGCUGUUUUCUCUAUGUUCAACCAUCCCAAUAUAGCUGUGACAUAUGGUGUGACUGUGUCUACAUGUAGUGACAUGUUGGUGAUGGAGAAAGUUGUAACGUCUUUGUCUGAUGUGCUUGCUGAUCCAGACGUGAAUAAUGAGAUGAAUGUACGUGAGAGAGUUGAUAUUUCUUAUGGCAUUGUUUGUGCAGUUGACUAUUUGCAUCAUCAAGUGGGAAUCAUUCACGGCUACAUAAGCCCUACCACUGUAUUUAUCACAUCUCGACUGACCACCAAACUGUUAGAUCCAGCAGCAUCUUGUCUCCUACAUAAUAAGAUAUGUCAACGUGCUAAGUCAUAUGAAGAAGAUCUGCACCAACUAAUCUGUCUCCUCAUCAAGUUCUACGACUCACAUUCACAAUUUUCAUCUGUUUGUCAUUGUUUGUGCAACAUGAUCAGUUGUGAUGAGAUUAAUAAGUCAAGGGGAGAAUUUGUGUCUACGGCGGACCUGUUUGAGUUAAUUGACGAAUUGAGACAGAAUGAGGAAUACAGUUGCUGCUUAAGCAAUCGUGAACUAUCUUGGAAAAGUGAAAUUGAGUAAGUUAUCUGAUUAAAUAUGAAUGUUGACUGGUUGUGUUUGUAAAGUUAAAUAAAUUUGUUGA